AAGUCCUCAAGAGCGCACGCAGAAUGCACACCGGGACCCAGAGAACAUUUCGCUCGCGGGGGAACUAAACUUGCAGCGUGGACAAGAGAAUAAUUCGUCCACCACGAACUCGUCUCUAGAAUACUUUCAUUCUAUAUUUGGAGACAACCGGUAUACGUUUACCUACAACAGGUUGUGUCGUGGACCUGGACUGUAAUGUAUGAUUUGUUCUUAUUGUUAGGGUGUACUGUAUGCUCUCUCUCGGAUGGGUAUUUCUUGCUUGCCACAGAGAGGUUUGCAGUAGCUGGAGGGACGGUUGCAGACUGGAAACAUGUUCAACAGACCCUCAUUGUGCUCGGUUAGUUAAUGACUGAUUUUUCAUGAUUGGGUCUCUGUUUGAAGAGAGGUUGUUGAGGACCUGUUUGGCUGAAUAGUGAGGAACACACUGACCCUAAGCUGGAGGAAGCAGGAAGGGAUGCAGGGAUUGGAUGGACUUUGGCUGGUCUAUUGUUUAGAGAAGACCGCACCACAGUGAGCGAAUGGAUGCUUUUGUGUUUUGCCCUGUGAGCAACUGGAUCCUCUAGAUGUGGCCGCCACCCCACAUAUCAUCCUUUUAUCAUGCUGUCAGUCACACAAGGACCAGGACUGUCAUCAGUUGUAUGUGAUGCACUGGCCUCUACCUGACAGUGGAGAGACGAGCAUUGAUUUCAGGCCUCUGACUGUGACAGCUCCAGUGGGUGGAGCUACAUUGGGCCCCUCUCUCUACCCGCUCAGCACUGAUGGGACAGAAUCCUGAAUCCUGGAGGAAUCCUUGACGACCCCUCUUUCUUUCUCCGCCCUCCCAGGCUCCACCCUCUGUCCCCUCCUCCUCUCCUCUUUCCUUAGACUCUCCUCCUCCCCCGGUCUCUUCUCUCAGCGCUGGGAUCAUUACUCAACCCCACUGAAGAAUGGAACACAGUAGCUGGCAAGGAUGAACUGGGUCUGCCUGCCAAUGCAGAAAGGGAGAUAAAAGAGGGAGAAAGAGAGAGUGAAAGAAAAGCGAAUGAGAGAAAGUUCUAAACCUGUGAGUGAAAGAAGAGGUACAUAUUAAAAAUGCCCUUGAGGGAGAAAAUCGACAACUGCACUUGAGCAGUAUGAGCUAGAAGACCUCAGCAAACCUGCCGACCUGGAUGUGUGGAUCUGUAGACACACACACACACACACGUUUGUCUCAGUCGCAGCAGAAGACGGCUCCUACCCUGCCCUACACUGUGGGGUGGUGUUUUCAGCGUUAUUCCCUGCCUACCAUACCUGUGUGAGGAGUGGUGGAUAGGAAAUUCAGCAACUCUUAGAGGACAGUGGAAGUUGAUAGAAAUGCUUCUUUGUUAAAACCAGCGUGUUUUGGGCCGUAACCUUUUAUCAGGGUUUUAGUAGUGAACAGGUCAGCACCACCAUGCCGGCUAAAGGGAAGUACCUGUUAAAUGACCAGGAGCUGAAACAUGAGGCCCUGUACAGGAAGUUCUCCUGUAUCAGCCAGUACCGGCCUCUGGUGCUGCUACUGGGCCUCUCCAUGCUGUCAUGCGGAGUCCUCAUCAUCCUCUUCUUCGCCCUGCACCUGAGUGUGGAGGAGCACUGUGCAUUUGUCAGCGUGGUGAGUUGCAGCCUGUGUGUGUUCCUGGCUGUGUUUGUGCUGGUGUGUACAGAGACCCUGACCCAGCGCUGGAGGAGACUGUUGGGUCUGGUGGUCUGGGCCACUCACCUCACCAUGGGAUUCACCUUCAUCUUCAGCGGACCCCUCAUCCUGCCCUGGGACCAGGUUCCCUUCUUCCUGUUCAUCAUCUUCACAGUGUACACCAUGCUGCCAUUCCAGAUGUGCUAUGCUGUGGUGCUCAGUGUGAUCUCCUCACUCUCUCACAUCAUGGUCCUCACUCUACGCCUCACUGUCUUCAACACCCAAGAUCCCAGCCCCUUUCUGGCCAAUCAGCUGCUGUCCAAUGCGGUGGUGUUUCUGUGUGGCAGUGUGGUGGGGGCCUUCCAUAAGGUCCUGAUGGAGCGAGCACUAAGACAGACUUUCCAGGAUACACUCAGAUGUCUGGGCAUCCGCAUGAAGCUGGAGAUAGAAAAGAGACAACAGGAGAACCUGCUGCAGUCUGUGCUGCCUGUCUACAUCUCCAUGAAGAUGAAGCUGGCCAUCAUGGAGCGUCUGCAAGACUGCAAGGACAAAGAAGAGCAGCAACGACUCGUCAAAGACAACAACUUCCACAGUCUCUACGUCAAGAGACACGAGAACGUCAGUAUUCUGUAUGCUGACAUUGUGGGCUUCACCCGAUUGGCCAGCGACUGCUCUCCGAAGGAGCUGGUCAUCAUGCUCAACGAGCUGUUUGGGAAGUUUGACCAGAUUGCAAAGGAGAACGAGUGCAUGAGAAUCAAGAUUUUGGGAGACUGCUACUACUGUGUGUCUGGCCUGCCUGUCUCCCUGCCCAUGCAUGCCAAGAACUGUGUGAAGAUGGGUCUGGACAUGUGUGAGGCCAUCAAACAGGUGCGCGAGGCCACAGGUGUGGACAUCAACAUGAGAGUGGGCGUUCACUCCGGCAACGUGCUCUGCGGUGUGAUUGGCCUCCGCAAGUGGCAGUUUGACGUUUGGUCACAUGACGUCACCCUGGCCAAUUAUAUGGAGUCUGGAGGCUUACCUGGGCGUGUCCACAUCACUGAGGCCACCCUGAAGCACCUGAACAAGGCCUAUGAGGUGGAGGAGGGGAAUGGUGGGCUAAGAGAUGCCUACCUGAAGGAGCUCAACAUACAGACAUACCUUGUCAUCGAUCCUCGGUCUAAGGACCAGGCUCUGAACAGCCGCAGCAUGCCCAAGCCGCGUGUGAAUGACGGACUGAAGAUGCGGGCGUCAGUGAGAAUGACCCGUUACCUGGAGUCCUGGGGCGCCGUCAAACCCUUCGCCCACCUACAGAGCAGAGAGGGGUACACCACAGACACCAUGGUCAAUGGAAAAUCACGCUGCAAGGACAUCCCUCUGCGCACAACUCACUCGAAGAUCACUGAGAGCUUUGAUGAGUCUGUAGAGGAGCCCUUCUCCUCACCCACCCCUCCGCUCAGCACCUAUAAGAACAAGUCCCAGAAGAGCAAGUUUGAUGAGGAGCUGCACAAUGAGAUGACCACCACCAUCGAUGAGCUCAGCAGCAAGCAGUGGGUGAAGUCUGAGGGGAUUAGCAGUCUGGCUGUGUGGUUCACUAAGAAAGAGCUGGAGAAACAGUACCGAGCCAUUGAUCUGCCCAUGUUCAAGCACUACAUCGGCUGUGCCACCUUCAUCUUCUUCUGCAUCUUUGUGGUUCAGAUGUUUGUGACAAAAGAUUCCAAAAUGUUGGGAAUGUCAUUUGGAGUGCUGGCCUGUGUCCUCCUGUUGACCUUGGGCAUCUGUUUCGCAGGUCACCUGCAGCGCUUGUUUCCAGAGAAGUUGUCGUCCUGCCAGUGGCUGCCUGCUGUGUCCGAGGCAGUGGUCAAGAGGCCAUGUGUGCGCCUCCCUCUGGUUACUAUCACCACUGCGGUCAUCAUCAUCCUAGCAGUCUUCAACCUGUGCUUCAUCCAGACGAAGUCACUGUGUGAAAUCAAUGGUAACCCUGAUCUGAUUCCGUCUGACAACUCCAGUGAGCAACAUCCAGACAGCCUGUUCUACCUGCCAUACUCUGUGUUCAGCUGUAUCCUGGCUCUCAUAGCUUGUGGAGUGUUCCUGGGGGUGAGCUUUGAACUCAAAGUGGUUUUUCUCAUCCUGGCCUCCACAGCCUACUACAUCAUCAUCCUCAGCGCCAAGGCUGGUCUCUUCAGCUGCUAUGGACAAAUGCUUUACAACCAACUCAAUGAAAACAGAACUGAGGACUCUGGGACCAUCCUGAGAGCGUUGGGGCUGGUCAAACACCCCGAGGUGAUGAGCUGUAUAUAUAUCACCUUGUUCCUGGUCACCAUGCUCAUCAUCUCACAACAGAAUGAGUCAUACUUCCGCCAGGACUUCCUUCUGAAGAACAAGAACCGUACGGAGCAGGAUGAGAUUGAGACCAGGGAGAACCUGAACCGCCUGCUCCUGGAGAACGUGCUGCCGGCCCAUGUGGCUGCGCUGUUUGUUGGGGAGAAUAAAAAGAACGAGGAUCUGUACUACAAGUCAUAUGACUGUGUGUGCGUGAUGUUCGCCUCGGUACCGGACUUCAAAGAGUUCUACACGGAGUGUGACAUCAACAAGGAAGGCCUGGAGUGUCUGAGGCUCCUCAACGAGAUCAUAGCAGAUUUUGAUGAGCUGCUGUCCAAGCCCAAGUUCAGUGGAGUUGAGAAGAUCAAGACCAUCGGAAGCACUUAUAUGGCAGCCGCAGGGCUGAGUGGCACCCCAGGACAGGAGAAUAACCAGGACCGAGAUAGGCAGCAGGCACAGAUCGGGAACAUGGUAGAGUUUGCCAUUGCCCUCAUUGGCAAGCUGGAUGGCAUCAACAGACACUCCUUCAACAGUUUUAGGCUGCGUGUGGGCAUUAACCAUGGGCCUGUCAUUGCUGGGGUGAUUGGAGCCAGAAAACCUCAGUAUGACAUCUGGGGCAACACCGUCAAUGUGGCCAGUAGGAUGGAGAGCACUGGAGAGCUGGGCAAGAUUCAGGUCACAGAGGAGACGUCGGACGUGCUCCAGAAGCUGGGCUACUCCUGCGAGUGCCGAGGCCUCAUCAACGUCAAGGGAAAAGGCGAGCUGACAACCUUCUUUGUGUGUACGGACAUGAGCAAGCAGCAGGGAAUGGGCCUGAGCUGAGGUCUAAGGUGAGCACACUACUGUGUGUGUGGACUCUGGGCCUGGUUGCUUAUACGUGUGCUGGGUCGGUUACAGGACACAGUCUAGCAUUCAGCACAGACUAAUUACAUGAACGCACAUAAGUUAACAUGCUUAGAGUAAACCUACCGGAGCACACAAAUAUAAUCCAUCUCAGUGCUUCAGUCAGCAAUCAUCCUGACCGGAACAGAACAAGACUUGAAGACAUGACCUUGUGGUCCUAGAGGUUAUAUUUCAGAUUGUUCAUGUUUCCAGGAAUCCCUUUGGGAGAUUCUUGAUUGGAAAUACAUUUUUACUGCAGCUGACUUGUUUUAGAGAUCCAGUUCCAAUGUGUGCAUUCAAUUGACAUGGAGGUUACGUCAAGCACUGGUCGUCGUCAUACUGGAUUCUAUGACCUGAUAUUCCUAGAACCUUGCUGGAAUCAUGAUGCACACAAAACAUAUUCAGUCCUCUCUUAAAACUGAGCUGUUUAUCAAGCAAAUGGUGACCAAAACAAUGGAGUGAGUUCUGCUGCAUGUGGAGUGACAGAAGUGUACUGUACAUACUCUCAUGGUUUUCUAGACCUUAAAAGGUAGACUAAGCUAAAUGACGUUGUCCCAAGCUGCACUGCAGAUAUUAUGAUAAGUAAGAUGUAAGACUUUGCUCACGGGUUCCCUUCAUGCUGUUAACAGCGUUGCAGCAUCGGAACCAAAACAGUUUAAACUUGCACUCCAACGCUCUGUGGAAAUUAUUACUGUGUAAUGGACAGUUUAUAUGGUAUGAGGUGUACUGUUUACCAAUUUCUAUCAUAAGCUUAGAACACAUGCCUGAUUAAGAAUAAGUGCUAUAGGCACUACAAUCAAUGAGGAAAACAAAACAUUCUGGUGACUGUAUGAAAAGUUUCAUUUGACUGAAACAAAACAGAAUUGUCUUGAGCCUAACUCAGUGCUGUGCAGUAUACUUCAGCCAUAGUUGUAAAUGUAUAGAUUGCAUUGAGUAGCCAACAUUAACCUGCAGUGUCAUGUGCAGACAGGCAGCAUAUGCUUUUUGGGAAUGGCUGGUCAAACUAACAUUCUACUUGGUGUUCUUUGUGUACCUAAACCUGCUGUCAAACAAUCAACUGUCUGUAUUGUUGCAGUUAACAUUAGACUAACAUACAGGUUAGAAUAUUUGCCAUUUUUAAAACACCACCUGAAAUCUCAGCCUGUUUGGUGGGAUGGAGUUUUGGCCAGGCAGUAAAUUAGCUAAGACCGAUAAGAAAGAGUUCCAAACAGCUUGUUUUCAGCUCUCCCCAAUCACAUCACAGACAGUCCUAGCAAAGAGCAAAUUUAGCUUAGAAGCAGUUUGUUUGAAUGUUGUUUCAUUGAAAACAGUAACAUACUUGUUACCCAUAAAUUAUUUGAUAAAAGGUCCAAUGCAGACAUUUAAAUCUUAAGAUACAUUCUUCUCUGUGCCUCAGAAAACUGACUUGUCCUGUGGCCUUACUCAACAUCUGACUGCCAAACGAAUGCUUUCAUGUUAUGCUGUCUGAGGAAUAAAUGUGAGUUUGCAUUUUG